AUGCCAAACGUCGGGUAUUCAAAAUACCAAAGAUGCUCUUAUCUUUCUUCGACGAUACAUGUUGGCCUUAAAACUAAAACAAUGGUUAAAAAUGUUCUAAUCUUCCGAUCAAAAUGUAAUGAUGACAAAGAUGAUAAUUAUGAAAAAUUAUUGAGUAAUGAUGGAUAUAAUGUGAAAACGAUCUCUCCGAUACAAUUCCAAUAUUGCAAUGAUAGUUUGUUGAAAGAAUACUUAAAGAAUUGGACAAAAUACUACGGAAUUAUCUUUACAAGUAAACGUGCUGUGGAUGCUGUGCAAUUUGUAUUGAAAGAUGAACAAAAUCUGAUUGAACAAUGGAAAAAGAAAAAACUUUACUGCGAAGGUCCAGCCACUGCAAAACUUGUAAAUGAACUAUUUUGUGCUCAAUCUGUUGGCUCGGAAACAGGUACUGCUGAAAAGCUCGCUGAAUUUAUUGUCAAAGACGUGAAUAGAGACGAAAAGUUUUGCUUGUUAUUUCCUUGUGCUGAGAUGCGCAAUGACAAACUUCCAGAACGUUUAACACAAGCAAAUAUUGCUUUCGAUGAACUUACGGUGUAUGGUACAACGAUAUCUGCUAGUUUAGAAAGCGAGCUCAAAGAUUAUCUUGUCGAAAAAAAACCAGAUGUGUUGGGCUUUUUUAGUCCUUCGGGGUUUAAUAAUGUAUACGAAAUAAGUAAAAAAGUUGGUCUUGAUUUAGAAAACUGCUGCAUUGUCAGUAUAGGUGAUACAACGAGUAAACGAGUGCGAUGCAUAACAAAUGACAAAACAAUUAAAGAAGAACGUUGUUUAAAACCGACACCCGUUGAUUUUUAUGAGACUGUUAAAAAGAUGUGUGGACCUGUUUGA